CAGAAAAGAGCGAAUCUUGCGGAGCGUAUGGGCUGAUGCGAUCAGCUAUUGUGAUGCCUGCUGCUGCUCGUCGGCGCCGCAUGGACAUAUAGUCCGUCUUGGGCUCAGCUCAGCCACCAUAUUGCCUCCUCACUCGUCGUAAUCCUUGCGAUUCGUUCACGGAGGUUUGCUGUGUGGGCUGCGUACAACCAUCAUUUGUUGCACAUCUCGCACAUUCCUCUUUGUUCUGUACGAACUUCACCAUCCAUCUUUCUCGAGACCGUAACGCGGCUGCGUGGAAUAGUCGAGCGCGACUGCCUGGCAACAGGGAGCACAUAUUCGCUUCGAUCGGAGACAUCGAACCACGACGAAUCCACCUUACUAGGUACACAUACGCCAGGAAGCAUGACAUACGAUAUGGAAGCUACCAUAGUAGAAGCGACUUCUCUCUCAGCCAUCACCGACAUUGCAGCCAAUCCGCCCCGACAUGCAGGAAUUCCCCCAGAGACGCCGAGACUGCCACUGAUACUCUACAUUGCCCGAGUGCCCGGAAGCCGGGAUGUCUUUCUCACCCCCAUGAAGCCGCGUGAGAAGGUCGUCACAGCAGAGGAUGUUGCGAGCUCCCUGUACUAUAUCCAUGUCAAUGCAACAGAAGAUUAUGAAGUGCCGCCGAGUCGACCGUCAUCGGUAGACGCAGAUGCAUCACGUCUGUUGCCAGUACCGGAGGAGAGACUACGAAGGAAACCUGUGCUGCCUAGAAGGCCGAUUGCACCUCCUAGCCCACCAUAUCCUCUGGACGAUGGCCCAUCACAAGUGCACUGGAGAACGCCCAGCCCGCCUAGGCAUGGUCGUUUGGCACGUAAGCCGGUAGGCAGCAGCAAUGGUAGCAACGGCCAUGGCAACCUGUCAAGUCCAGGCCUGCCAGUGCUACGAAGUCGGCCACUGCCUUCGCCACCUGCAGAUCAGGAACCACAUGAACCAUCUUUGCACGCUUACAACAAGCACCUCCUUCGCCGCGCCGAAUCGAGUGAUGAGAACAACCCAUACACAAUGCCCGUCUCGGAGCCAACGCCGCUGCCUAUUGACUCGGCAGACCUCCCGCAGCCAGGGUCUCUGACAUUGAUCCGUCGUGACCCUGCAUCAAGCGAUCAAUGGAAUGUUGCCCUCAUUCAUGAUCCGCCGCUCGAAGAGAUCUCUUCUGCUGUUCUUCGUAAUCCGACUGCCGCACAAAGGACCAAACGAAGCGGCGCGCCGCUCUUUUUGGACAUCUCGAAUCCUGCAUAUGCUCAAUAUCUCCCGGAUGAGCGACCCGAGUCCCGUGUCAGUCAAGAUACGACAAGCUCAGGAAACAGUAAUGCACCUGAUGGCGUCUUCCGGAGACGCCUCUAUAUGCCUGGCUCGAAGUAUAGUGCGCACGAGUACAGUCAGCAUGGCAAAUCUGGAUCUGUCAGCUCUUUUGACGAAGGAUCGUCGUCACGCUGGACCGCGAGUCGAUCGUCGUUGAAUGUUUCCAGCCAGUCUUCGUAUGCAGAUCGAAGAAGUAAAGGCUAUACAUUCACGAGUCCUUGGAAUGCGCGGUGCGAGUUCUCUACGGGAGUCUCGGGUAGGAGUCUGAAAUGCCGACAUCACUUACCUUCGAUCUACGGGGCCACGACGGGCGUGGAGGUCUCGGAGCUGCGCUUCAAUUUACCUACUGCUUCAUCAAAGGUGGCGAAUACUCCGCUCAGUGAUAGGAGGUCUUCUUAUCUUCCCGGCUUCCACAGGAGGCUGGACUCGAGCAGCGACAACGGCAGCGUUGAUUUCGUGUUUGAUGAAGAUGGAAAGCUCGAUCUGACACUCGGUCAAGAGAAAGCGGGAGGUGGCUUUGGAGGAAAGCAAGCAAAGCUCGGCAAGCUGAUCAUCCAGCCUGAGGGACUGGCAAUGCUAGAUCUGCUUGUGGCUGCGAAUGUUGGUUUGUGGUGGAGAGCUUGGGGGAGAUGAGGUGCAAUUUCUGCCGACGCUGACAUGACUGCAGAGAGUGCUUACAAGGUCAAUUAUGAGAAUAUGCAUAUACGAUACAAAGAAUCACACGAAUCC